CAAUCGUAAUAGAAAUUAUGAAUGAUCCAGGAACGAAUAAAAUUCUAAACAGAAAAUGAACAGAUUUUGUCUUUGAACGUUCCACUAAAUGUUAAUUGAAUUAAAUUGUAAAAUCAUUUUCGAAAUAUUAUUUCUAUUUCAUCUAACUUGUAACCAACGACACCGCAGUCAACGAAAUGUCAAAAGGGUAUCAGUUGAACGUGUCCUGAGGCAGGAGCUGGAUCGAAUGCACCACGCGGAACCGCAAUAGGCGACCUCGUCGGCCUUGGAAAAGACGCGCUCGACUGAUGCUUAGGAUCGAUAGUAGAUCAGACGGAUAAAAAUAAUGUCUAGCCUGAGCGUACCCACCCACAUGCCAUUUGCAGUUAGAUAAACUAGAGGCGAAGAUCAGUUCAAGGGAAGCAUAAUGCUUUUCCCUUGACUUGUAUGCAUCUCAUUCCACGAUCGCUAUAAAUAAUUGAUUAUAUCCUUAGUAGUUCUUUCGAUGCUUUUUUCGUUGAGCCGUUGUGAUGAGGAAAAGAGAGCACGGCAUUGACUCUUUCUCGCAGUGGCCCAGUUUACUUAAUAAUGAUACAUGCCCAUAAGUUAUAUCUUGCGGAACAUGUACACCUUCUGUCUGAUGACUAUGCUCAUGACGAUUCUCCUGACCGCGGAGGCUGGCGAUAUGAUGCGGAAGAGCAUCGUGUUCGACAAAAACACACCGGACGUAUUCUACUGUCCGCAAUCGAAGCCGACUGGCUUUGAGAAGAUGAUCGUGAACGCGAAACCGUUAUCGAGACUCUGCCAGUUCGAAGGGAAACCGAUCCCGCCUGAUUACAAGAGCGAUUGUUAUAACGACGUGGACGAGACGGAAUACGCGUGCAAAGAGAAGUACCGGAUCAUGAAGCGAUUCAGAAACAAAGCAGAGGAGGAUGAAAACACCGUGGACCACUUCAUUGAGAAGUAGAUGUGAAAUUGGCACAGCGCGGCCGAAGAACGCGUGCAAUUUUGCGAAAUGAUCGCGUCGGGUCCCCCGCUAAUGCUCAAGCUUGCAAUUUCCCAUUCUAAAAUCUUUUUCCAAAUUAGCAAUCCAAUCAAAUAAUUCAUGGAUUAAUAAAACGUCCAAUAUUGUACUACAACAUAUGACAGUAUUAUACGAAGACAUUUUUUUAUACGCAUUUAUUUAUGUUCAGUAUUUAAUGUUCGUCCGUUUUUUAUCUACUCUUGAAAUUAAUCAUAACGAUUGGAUUUUAUACCGGUGCUCUGGACUUUCCGAGUUUGGUGGCCGGAAU